UACACAUCAAUUGCAGAUUCGCAGACUAGUCGAGCACAGUUCACCUGCCAUCGUGUGUUUCAGUGUUUGAUAUCUCGGGUGGGUUUUGUCACAGUAGUCAUGGGAGUGCAUGGACUGUGGAGGCUACUGGAGAGUACAGGGAAACCCAUCAACCCUGAGACACUGGAGGGAAAGAUCCUUGCUGUCGAUAUCAGCAUAUGGCUGAACCAGGCCGUGAAGGGGGUGAGGGACCGUGAAGGCAACAGUGUCCAGAACGCCCACCUCCUCACUCUCUUCAACCGCAUCUGUAAGCUGCUCUUCUUCCGCAUCCGCCCAGUCUUUGUGUUUGAUGGGGAUGCACCUCUGCUGAAGAAGCAGACUCUGGCUCUGAGGAGGCAGAGGAAGGAGGAGCUGAGCCGAGAGUCCAAACAGACCAACGAGAAACUCCUCAAGACAUUCCUGAAGAGACAAGCUAUCAAAGCUGCACUUGGAGCUCGCAGUCAAGAUCCUUUACCCAGCCUCUCCAGUGUGACGAGAAAUGAGGUGGACGACAUAUAUGUUCUACCAGCCCUUCCACCUGCAGAGGACAAGGAUGAAAGCGGAUCAGAGGCCUGGGAAAGCUCACAAGAGGAGGAAGAGAGAGAGUGGGAGGAGAUGGACAGUUAUCACAUGUAUCAGGGAGAACUGCAUGAAAACCCCAACUCAGUGGACAUCAACUCAGAGGAGUUUGCCAGCCUGCCUCCUGAAAUGAAACAUGAGAUACUCAAAGACAUGAAAGAGUUUUCCAAAAGACGCCGGACCAUGUACCACAAACCUCCGGAGCGUUCAGGAGACUUUUCCCAGUACCAGUUGGCCGGCCUGCUGCAGAGGAACCAUCUGAACCAGCGUCUGGAAGGUGUGGAGAAAGAGAUGAGCGAGCGGAGUGCUGGCAGCGCUCCACAGCUGGACGGGGACCAGCAGAAUCACAGCAUCGAGUCACAUCGACUGGUUUCCGAAGACCAUUCCCACUAUAUACUUAUUAAAGGCUCCCAAAAGAGUAAUACUUCAACUGAGAGUCAACCUGCAGCUGCACCCUGGUCUGGAAGCUCCCUGUCAGGCUACAAACGACGAGCAGCGGACAGACCCGAGCCACUGUGGCGUCCUGUUUGUGAGGGAGAGGAGGAGGAAGCACCGGGUCCCUCCUCGGAGGACUCCAAACCCUCAGCAUCAAAACCGUCUCAGGGAGACACAUCACCACCCUCCCCUCGUACACUGAAUGCAAUCCAGGCUGCAAUGAACGACAGCUCGGAUGAGGAGAAGGUGGACGAGGAUAAGAAGGAUGGUAGUGUGUCCCCACGCACGCUGCUGGCAAUCCAGCAAGCUCUGGCUGAGGAGGAAGACGGCCCAUCUGAACUUAGGACUCUAAUCAGUAGCUCAUCGACCCAACUGCAGGAAAAUGUUUGUCAUCCCGUGCGACAAGUGGUCAUCAGCAGCUCAGAGGAAGAGACCGAACCUGAUGAUGCGAAGCCUUUACCUAAUGAAAAAUCUGAUUUUAGGGAGAACUCAACAGGCCAAACUCUACACAUGAAAGAUAGUUUGUUUGAUAGUAGUUCUGAAGAUGAGAUGGCGGAAGUGAUUGGUCACAGAAAUAAAGCUCUUCACCUUGCAGUGCUGCAACAGCCUCAUGAGAGAGAGAUGAAGUCAGAAGAGGAGACAAAGAAAGGUGUGUUGACAGAGGAUCUAAGGACAGGAAGUAGAGGGCAGGUAGAGAAACAAGAAGACCUGGAGAGAAGAGAAUCAGAGCAUGGGCCGAUCACAAAGAAAGGGGAUCUGGCUCAACCACAGGUUGCUGCUGCUUCCAGUCAAAACACAUUAUCCAUCAAUCUUUCUGCUCAGCUGUGUGGAAAACCUCUCAGUGCAGAGAAUGAAAUUAACCCUGUACUGUUAGAGCAGAGGCGUGACAAGUCCAGGAAUGGAGACGAUGUGAAGUCAGAGGGCAGUGAGAAGAGCGAGUCAGAAGAGAGCUUCAUCGAGGUCUCAGAAGAAGAAUUUGAAGAGGAGGAUGCAGAUGAUUCACUUGUGAUGAUUAGAGAGAAAGAAUCUCCAGCCGAUGUCCACGAAGAUGAGACAAAGAAGGAAGAAAACCCAGAGGAAAGUUUGACCGAGGCUCCAGUCGCUGUUCUGAAAUUACAGGAAGACGACGACAAACAGAGACCGAAUGAAGAAAAAGAGCUGAAGGAGGAAACAGAAACGGAGUCUAGCUCCACUCCAGCGGUCAAUGAAUGGGAACACUUGGACGUGGAUGAGCUGGAGGCUCUGGAGAGCUCUCUGCAGUUGGAGCAGAACAACCUGAGGGAGCAGAAACAGCAGCAGGAGAGGAUGGCAAACACAGUCACUGGACAGAUGCACCUGGAGAGCCAGGAGCUGCUGCGGCUGUUUGGCGUGCCCUUCCUGGUGGCUCCGAUGGAGGCCGAGGCUCAGUGUGCGGCUCUCGACCGUGCUGACCAGACUCAUGGGACCAUCACAGACGACUCAGAUGUGUGGCUGUUCGGGGGGCGACAGGUGUACAAAAACUUCUUCAGCCAGAACAAAUAUGUGGAACACUACCAGUACAGUGACCUGCAGAACCAACUGGGUCUGGACAGAACUAAACUGAUAAAUCUGGCUUACUUGCUUGGAAGUGACUACACAGAGGGCGUGCCAGGAGUCGGAUAUGUGACUGGCAUGGAGAUACUGAAUGAGUUCCCAGGGCCAGGGUUGGAUCCACUAACUCAGUUCGGUAAAUGGUGGUCAGAGGCUCAGGAGAAAAAGCGCCUGACAGCUGAUCCUCGGGACACGAAGGUGAAGAAGAAACUGAGAGAUCUAAAAGUGCAGCCCGGGUUCCCCAACCCUGCAGUGGCUCAGGCUUACCUGGAACCCACUGUGGACCAGUCAGACAUCUCCUUCAGCUGGGGACGCCCACAACUCGACAUGAUCAAAGAAUUCUGUCUGAGUCGUUUUGGCUGGAGCAGUCGGAAGACAGAGGAGACUCUUCAGCCUGUGAUCAAGCAGCUCAACAACCAGCAGACUCAGCUGCGGAUCGAUUCAUUCUUUCGCCUGGAGCAACAAGAAAAACAGGUGAUCCGUAGCCAGCGACUCCGCCGAGCAGUCACCUGCUUGAAGAGAAAGGAGAGAGAGGGAGGAGAGGAGGACAGCGAGGAGGAAAUGCAUUCCCCAUUGAAAUCUAAGAGAGGGAAGGCAGCAAGCAAGAAUCCGAAGAACGGAAAAGGAGAGAAAGAAGAGGAGAGGUCUGUGGCAGGAGGAGGGUUUCUGGGGUCGGAGGUGAUUGCUGAAUCUCUGUUUCCAUCCCUGGAGGGUGUGAGCAGCUCCAGUCAGGAAUCCCUCUCAGAAAAGCCUGUCCCUCAGUCCGCUAAGACUCUGCCUCAGAGCGUCAGUAACAACAGCAGCAGCAGCUCUGGCGAGGACAGCGAUGGUGGUGGUGAAGUCUCUAUGGUUACAGCCAGAUCUGUCUUCGAAGGCAGCCGACGAGGCCGCAGGGGGAAAAGCACAAGAGGGAGGGGCAUGGGGAGGGGGAAGAAGUUGUGAGGGAAAAAAACGAACUUAACAUAAAUUGUUAUAGCAAUUGUAAUAUUAAUCACAGAACUUGUCACACACUCCCAAAUAAUGUCUGUGGUAUUAUAUUUAAUAUUUAUAAUGGAAAUGUGAAAUUGCAUCAUGUCAUUAACGGUUAUGAAUUGAGCUUUUUCUGUAUUACAGAAUAUGUAUUUUGUAAACUAUUUAUGUGAUUGAUUUUUUUUUUUUUUACCCGUUUAGAGGUAAAUUUGUGAGAGGAAUGAACAAUAUUUUGAAUAAAAUU